CGCAGACGCGUCCGUUCGUUGUGCCGCACGCAGUUGAUGUGGCGCAGAGUGGCCGAACUGGUCUUUGGUGCACGCGCGAGGCGCAGCGGGAACAAAUGGGACCGGCGCAUGGAAGGUGGGAAGUGAAUCCAGGAGAACGCGCCUAACUCGGAAACACCUGCAGGCUGGGGUCUCGGCAACGUCCCGGUGCCCGCCACGCGCACGAGCUUCUCCCCUGCCUCGCACGUAAUAAAACACACAACUCUUGAAAGGACUUGUCAGCUGCUUGAAACCAGCGUUCGACCCGAUGCACGCUGCUGGCACCACGGAGGCUCUCCCCCCGCAUCGGAACCGUCCAUCUUCUCUUGGGGUCUAAUUCCAAUUAAAGAAGCACGAGCCUCGCUCCGAGGUCAGUUCCCUGCUUUGAGCGGGAACCCGAUGUCAUUUUGCACGGUCCAUUCCCCGUCCCCCUUUUUGUUGUCGCGGUUAUUGUUCUUGUUGAAUGCGUUGGCAUCAUUGUCAGCGCGAGACAAAGCUUUCACCCGAUCGCUUGUAGUGAUUAUACGCACACAAACACACAUGCACACAAAAAGAAAAGAGAGAUAGUUUCCAACCCAACGACGUGGGAGGGAAGAUCUGUGGUGAGGCAGCCGGAGAGGAAGAGGCAGAGGAAGAGGAGGAGGAGGAGGAGGGAAAAGUAGGAGAUCUACUGCAACCCCUGGAGUCUGAUUCAGCACCUCUCGCACUGGACAGCGCGCGAAGCCGCACGAGUUGAUCCACAAGCCGCAGAUCUUCUUACUGCCUCCAUAACUAACAACACUUGGUUUUUCACCCCCACACGGUUCUUCUUCUCUCCUCUUUUUUUUUCUUUUUGAAUAUUUCGUCCGUGCGCUCGUUUUUUUUUUUUUUUUUUUUCAAACGGCGGGUGAGCGGCGACCGGAGCCGUGAACGCACGGAGAAACAAACGAGAACCGGACGGCAUCCGGUACCGCAGAAGUUAUUUUUCCUCUACUUUCGGCUCAGUUGCAUCGCUAGGAUUAAAAGGAGCCUGCUGUGGGACCCGCCGGCUCGUCUCAUGACUUUCUGCCUGCUUGAAGGACAGAGAGGAGCGCCAGGGGCACUUCCCACCUUUGUUCUGGCUCUGUGAGGAUCCUCUCUCCGUGGACUCUCUCUAGUCACCGGCUAGAGGGCCGCCGCCCUCAGGAGGAGAGAGGGAGGGGAGCGACGGUGCAUGGCUGCACACAGUUUGUGUCACAGCUUCAAACCAUGAGAGGAGACUUCUGAAGACAACUGCGCUCUCAAAAAACAUUGGGCCUAACCUUCAGGACAUUUGUGUGUGUGUGAGUGUAUUUCUUUAUCAAAGGGCUCGAGUUUGUCACCGGAUGCACAUUUAGCCUCCCAUCAUGACUCUGCGAGGAGGCUUUCAGGGGGCGUGGGUCGGCUGCUGCUGGGUGUUGCUGCUCGCCCGCUGGUCCUCCGUCGCCUCUGCGGCCAAGCCCAAAAUGCCGGGCCACACGCACCUCAACUCCGUGCGCAUCGACGGGGACAUAUCGCUGGGCGGGCUGUUCCCGGUGCACGCCAGGGGCAACGACGGCAAAGCCUGCGGCGAGCUGAAGAAGGAGAAAGGGAUCCACAGGCUGGAGGCCAUGUUGUUCGCCCUGGAUCGCAUCAACAACGACAACGAGCUGCUGCCCAACAUCACCCUGGGGGCACGCAUCCUGGACACCUGCUCCCGGGACACCCACGCCCUGGAGCAGUCGCUGACAUUCGUUCAGGCGCUGAUCGAGAAGGACUCGACCGACGUCAAGUGCCUCAGCGGCGGGCCGCCCAUCAUCACCAAGCCAGAGCGGGUGGUGGGGGUGAUCGGCGCGUCCGCCAGCUCCGUGUCGAUCAUGGUGGCCAACAUCCUGCGUCUCUUCAAGAUCCCUCAGGUGAGCUACGCCUCCACAGCUCCGGAACUGAGCGAUAACACCCGCUACGACUUCUUCUCUCGGGUGGUGCCCCCGGACACCUACCAGGCCCAGGCCAUGGUGGACAUCGUCAAAGCCAUGCGCUGGAACUACGUCUCCACGGUGGCCUCGGAGGGGAACUACGGCGAAAGUGGCGUUGACGCGUUCAUACAGAAGUCCCGAGAGGACGGUGGUCUGUGCAUUUCCCAGUCCGUGAAAAUACCCCGUGAACCAAGAACCGGGGAGUUCGACAAGAUCAUCCGCAGGCUGAGUGAGAACCCGAACGCCCGCGUGGUCAUCAUCUUCGCCAAUGAGGACGACAUCAGGCGGCUCCUGCAGGCAGCCAAGAAGGCCAAUCAGACCGGACAUUUCAUCUGGGUGGGGUCAGACAGCUGGGGCUCCAAAAUCUCCCCAAUACUGAACCAGGAAGAGAUGGCAGAAGGCGCCGUCACCAUUCUGCCCAAACGGCAAUCCAUAAAAGGCUUUGAUCGUUACUUCAUCAGCCGGACGCUGGAGAACAACCGGAGGAAUAUUUGGUUUGCGGAAUUCUGGGAGAACAACUUCCAGUGCAAGCUCAGCCGCCACGCCGUGAAGAAGGGAUCCGGCAUUAAGAAAUGCACAAACCACGAGCGGAUCGGAAAAGACUCGUCCUACGAGCAGGAGGGGAAAGUCCAGUUUGUCAUCGACGCCGUCUACGCCAUGGCUCACGCUCUGCACAACAUGCACAAAGACCUCUGCCCCGGAAGGGUCGGCCUCUGUCCCAAGAUGGAGACCAUCAACGGCACGCUGCUGCUCAAGUACAUUCGCCAUGUCAACUUCACAGGAAUUGCUGGCACCCCGGUGGUCUUCAACGUGAACGGAGACGCUCCUGGACGCUAUGAAAUCUACCAAUACCAGAUCACCAACAACGCCACGGAAUACAAGAUCAUCGGUCACUGGACGGAUCAGCUCCAUUUAGACACCGAUGAGAUGCAGUGGCCCGGUGCGACACAGGAAGUGCCCUCCUCUAUAUGCAGCCAGCCCUGCCGCCCUGGGCAGCGCAAGAAGACGGUGAAGGGGAUCCCGUGCUGCUGGCACUGUGAGAACUGCGAUGGUUACCAGUACCAGGCGGACACGUACACCUGCAAGAUGUGCCGCUUUGAUCUGCGGCCCAACGCCAACAACACCGGCUGCGACCCCAUCCCCAUCGUCAAACUGGAGUGGAGCUCGCCGUGGGCGGUGAUCCCGGUCCUCAUCGCCGUGCUGGGCAUCAUGGCCACCCUGUUUGUGGUGGGCAGCUUCGUGCGCUACAACGACACGCCCAUCGUGAAGGCGUCGGGGCGAGAGCUGAGCUACGUGCUGCUGACGGGCAUCUUUCUGUGCUACGCCACGACGUUCCUCAUGAUCUCCACCCCCGACGUGGUGAUCUGCUCCCUGCGGAGGAUUUUCCUGGGCCUCGGCAUGAGCAUAAGCUACGCGGCGCUGCUUACCAAGACGAAUCGCAUCUACAGGAUUUUUGAGCAGGGCAAGAUGUCGGUGAGCGCCCCCCGGUUCAUCUCCCCGGCCUCCCAGUUGGUCAUCACGUUCAGCCUGAUAUCGGUGCAGCUCCUUGGCGUGUGCAUCUGGUUCGGCGUGGACCCGUCGCAAGCCAUCAUCGACUACGAGGACCAGCGCACGGCCAAUCCCAAAAUGGCCCGUGGCGUUCUGAAGUGCGACAUAUCGGACCUCUCGCUCAUCUGCCUGCUGGGUUUCAGCAUGCUGCUGAUGGUCACCUGCACCGUUUACGCCAUCAAGACCAGGGGGGUCCCCGAGACGUUCAACGAGGCCAAGCCCAUCGGCUUCACCAUGUACACCACUUGCAUCGUGUGGCUCGCCUUCAUCCCCAUCUUCUUCGGGACCUCGCAAUCGGCAGAAAAGAUGUACAUCCAGACCACGACCCUGACCAUCUCCGUGAGCCUCAGCGCGUCCGUUUCCCUGGGAAUGCUCUACAUGCCCAAGGUGUACGUGGUUCUGUUCCACCCGGAGCAGAACGUUCCCAAGCGAAAGCGCAGCCUGAAGGCGGUGGUCACGGCGGCCACCAUGUCCAACAAGUUCAACCCAAAGGGCGGCCUGAGGCCCAACGGGGAGGCCAAGUCUGAACUGUGCGAAAGCCUCGAAACGCAAGGGUUGGCUUCCAAGCAGACAUACAUAAGCUACAGUAACCACGCCACCUAAGCCAGGGACCAACAGAGGAAGCCGAGCCGAGUCCUGCCUGAGGAGAAAUCACCUGAUGGGGGAAAUUGCUACAGCAGAGAAGGGCUAGGAAAGGGGGGGGG